UCUUCUUCUUCGUCUCCUCCUUCUUCUGGUUCCCCUCCUUCUCUCUCAUCAACCUUUUCUCUCUCUACACGAUGUCAUUGCGAAGGUCGUUCCUAUCACGACGAACCAGCGGCCGAUCCAAUUCGCUUAAAGAAUUGAGAACACCAUCAAUACCGUCAGAAAUCAGCAUUGCUAAUGCUGCUUUUUGUGGAAACAACGACGUCUUUGGUGGACCGGACGGUGGGGAGAAUGGAGGAGGUUCUUGGUCUAAUAUGUUACCGGAGAUUCUAGGAGAGAUAAUCAAGAGAGUGGAAGCGAGCGAUGACCGGUGGCCUCUCCGACGAAACCUGGUCGCUUGUGGAUGCGUGUGUAAAAGGUGGAGAGAGGUUACGAGAGAGAUCGUAAAGCCUCCAGUUCGCGGUGGGAAGAUAACCUUCCCUUCUUGCCUUAAGCAGCCUGGCUCACGUGAUUCUCCAAUUCAAUGCGUUAUUAAAAGAAGCAAGAACUCAGUGUUUUACCUUUAUCUUGCUGCUAGCCCAUCAUCUACAAACAAGGGCAAGUUUCUCUUGGCAGCACGGAGAUAUAGACAUGGUGCUCAUACAGAGUACUUAAUUUCACUUGAUCCAGAUGAUUCAUCUCAAGGAAGCAAUGCGUAUGUUGGGAAAUUACGGUCAGAUUUUCUUGGCACUAAGUUCACAAUAUACGAUAGCCAGCCCCCACACAAUGGAGCAAAGCCCUCGAGCAGCAGAUCUGGGCGGCGUUUUGCAAGCAAACAAAUAAGCCCCCAAGUUCCGGCUGGAAAUUUUGAGAUUGGAGAGGUAUCAUACAAGUUCAACCUCUUGAAAUCAAGGGGUCCAAGAAGAAUGGUAUGUUCGUUAAGGUGCACAUCCACCGGAGAUAACCAACCCCAAGAAGAAGCGGUGUUAAGAAGGUCGGAAUCUGUUGGGUGUGGUCAAAGUCAAACGCUUUUGAGGAACAAAGCUCCAAGGUGGCAUGAACACUUGCAGUGUUGGUGCUUGAAUUUUCACGGUCGGGUGACUGUAGCAUCCGUGAAGAACUUUCAGUUAGUGGCGACACUGGAUCAAAGCCAGCCAGGAGGGAAAGGUGAUGGAGAAACGGUGCUGCUCCAGUUCGGAAAGGUUGGUGACGAUGUGUUCACCAUGGACUUCCGUCAGCCGUUGUCGGCCUUUCACGCAUUUGCCAUUUGCCUCACUAGUUUCGGAACAAAGCUUGCAUGCGAAUGAUGGGGAUGGGUGUUUCAUAUGGCAAAACUUUGAUCCCCAUCAGGCACACUCGAGAUCUUGAUGGCUCGAUGAUUGCAGUCUGACUCACUGUACUGCUCAACGGACAAAAAUCUUUGUUUUACGUAGAAAAACAAAAUCUAUCUGGAGAGGUGGCGGACUUUCACGGGUGGUGCUAACGUUUUUAGUUUGCGAGUAUAAGUAGCAUUUUUGCUUUAUCUAAAAGAAACUCGAAUCGUUUGUGUUAACAUUUGAUCAUCGUAUUCUUUUGUAUGUGAUUUGAUGGACAUUACAAGGGUUGUUUGGUAGGAACUUAAUGUGUUGUAUAAUGGAUAUAGCUUAUUUGUACAUCC